CGUCAUGAAGGUGGACGUCAUCUUGAAUAGAAUGAGAAUUUAGUAUUUUAUUAUUAUUUUGCCUAAUUACACACGCUUCGUGAAAUUGGUUGCUCAGAUCCUUUCUAAAAAAAGUAAAUUUAAUUACGUCAUUUGUAUUCAAUGCUUGAUUUAUCCGUCUCAAUUAGACUGCAGUGAAGGUGACGCUACAUGCGUUAGUUUGUGUUGGUGAUGUAAUUUACAAGUGAUUGGGUUGGGUGGCUUCGAAUUCCUAACAUAAUGGAGGAAUCCUCCUUCACAAUUCCAGCUGAGGACAAUGGUGAUUCUGAACUCGAUCCUAGAAUACAGGUGGAGCUGGAGAAAUUGAACGCGGCCACCGAUGAAAUAAACAAGCUGGAACUGGAAUUGGAUGAGUCCAUGAAAACGUUCCACAUUCUCCUCAACGAGACCUCGCGCCGUCUCCAAGCGCUGACCAAGCGACUCGGGACAUGUGUGGACAAGUCUCGGCCGUAUUACGAGGCUGUCAACGUGGCGGCAACCGCCAGGGCGGAGUGCCAGAAGGCUGCGGUUCAGUUCCAGAGGGCUAGUGAGCUACACGCAGCCGCCAAAGAGACAGUGACCCUGGCUGAGCAGCGGUUCGUGAGCAAGCAGGACGAGUGGCAGUUCGACAGCAACUGGCAGGAGGUCCUCAACCAUGCCAUCAUCAAGGUAAUGGACGCUGAGAAGAGGAAGGCGGAGAGCGGUCGCGAGCAUCAGAAAAAGGCAGCAGCGUAUAUUGCGGCCGAAAGAAAGGCGACCCAGUUAGAGGAAAACUUAAAACGCAACAUCAUAAAAUCCCGCCUUUAUUUCGAUGAGAAAAAGCUUUGCGACGAGCAACUGCAGACGCAGAACGAGAAGAUUGAGAAACUACAGCGUCUCAUAGCCGACGCCAAGUUCCGAUACUCCAAGUCCUUGAAAGCCUUAGAGGAAAUAUCCGAAGAGAUUCACAGACGCCGGGGUGAAUAUCCACCGGGGAAGGACACGGUCCCGGUGGGACCCAGAGAGCCAGGCGUCGGGGCCGAAAGGGACCCUAUACAUGAUGAAAUGGCAACAGAACAUGAAAAGGACGAUGAAUCUAGUCUUCAAGAGCUAAGAUUGCGCGUGAGGGAACUAGCUUUGAAACCUAUAGAUAGAAGCGACGUAGAAACUGAUGAAGCCUGGGCGUUAGAGCUGAAUGAAACAAUCAACAAGCUGGACCAGUUGCUCAUGAUGAAGGAGAACAACCAACAGAAGAGAUCCAAAUUCACAGCCAGUUCCCCGAGGAACUCGAGCGCCCCAACAACCAGUACCAACACCGGCAGCAAAUAUAUACAACCUCCAAGCGACUCGUGGAAAACCGAAACGAAUUUGUCAAGAACCAAGUCUAUUAGUAGAGAGGUCGUUUUCGAGCAUAGUAAUCCUCCGAUAAGUAAAACUGAGAAAUCUAAAAGCAUGAUGUCUUUAGAUGUUUUGUCGUUAGCUAGAGAUGCGGCGUCUAUGGACAGAGAGUCUUAUCUCAAGGCAGUGAUAGAAGAUAAAUCUCCAACUGGGACGUAUACGGAGAGCAAUUCUGACAGGAAUGAGAGUCCAGAUGAGAUUUUGAUGGUGGAGUGUGACUCGAGCGACUCCACUCAGAAUCCUGUGAUCAGAAUGACGAGUUCUAUCACUGAUAGUGAUAAUAGUUAAAUCGAUGUUGUUUUUGACAUCGGGUAUGAUGUGAGAGAUCAUGAAAGUCUUUUUUUACGAUUUAGUAUUGAUGAUAUACCUGGGAGUAUAAUUUGUCUUAUGAUUGAGUAAAUUUUAAGUAUUUUUAUUAUAAUUAAAACUAUAGAAAGUGAAUUAUGUGUGAAAUUUAUUGUAGCCAUGCUCGAUUAUUUUCUUCUGUCUGUUUUGUGUUUCUAAUGUCAAUUUAUAAGUGUUAGGUUUUUAUAAAAGUUAAAAAUAAUAAAAAUUAUCGAAAUAAACUUUUGUAUUGAUGUGUAGUGUAGAUUAGCUAGUACUCGUUUUAGUUAACUUUUAUUUAGCUUUCAGUAUUUUUUGACAUCCGGUUUAUUUUUCGUAAUUCGUCGCAGUUUGUUUUUGAAAUUUGUUUGGGAGGAUUCGGCCGUAUGUAUGUUGAUAUACGAGUAUGUCUCAACCAUAUCAUGGUCGCUAACAAAAAAUAUCCGUUAUGUUUAAAUAAGCGAUGUUUAUAAAUUUAUUUAGGUAAUUAAUCAUAGAGCGCCAUAUUUCUCCACCGAAGUAGCUCACAAAUAUUUAUUAUUAUUGUACACUCACUAACGGUUGUAUAUUGUUAAAAAUGCCAGAGAUUUCACACUAUUCUGAUGCGGUAUGUAAGUUAAGAAAUUACUACUAACGCCUCAGAUAGGGCUAAAAGUAAUUGCCAUAUUUGAUUGUCUCCAGUCUUAAAAGGUUUUUUU